AUGGUAAAUCUUAACACAUUACCAAAGAUCUGUAUAUUGGUAGCCUUUGGGAUCUCUGCUACAGUGACUUCAACUGAUGUAGCCCAGGAGCAGCCCAAGAAGGAAGAAUUGAUCAGCGGGAUCUCCAGCAAGGAGAACCAAAAUGCUACUGAACAUGUUGAGGUAGCGGAACCAACGAAGAUUGAUACGGAAGAUCCACCCAAGUACUCUGUUGAAUGGUAUCUGUUACCGGAGCCGGAAAGUAGAAAAGAACUUCGUAAACAGUUGCCAUGGGCUAUUGCGAUUUCUGUGCCAAAGGAUUGUAAUGAACCAAUAGCACCCGAAGUGGAACAACGCAUUAUGGAGUUUUCAUCAUUGAGUAUAAAGGAACAGAGGUCAAGGCGUGCACACUCAUACGGUCUCCAUUGGGUAUCCAUGGUGUCCCAUGGAAGUGACUUCAUUAUAGAGUACUCCACAACAGUGAUACCCAGUGUUAGUUCUACAUUAUGUAUUCUUCUCGAGUGUACGCCACCCUCCACUAGUGCAUAUCACUACCUCUAUCAGGAUAUCCACAGUGAUCACGACAAGGGUCCUGAAAGUGAAUUGGCUAGACCUAUAUCACCGGAUCAUGUAUUGUUAUGGUUACAGCUUAGUGCAUAUCAAGUUUCAACAGUGCUUUUGCAAGCCACUAGCUAG